CUAGAAGUUAAGUUUUGGAAGUUCUGGAACACAGUGCGUGGCUCUGUGGCAAGAGCGGUGCAUUGUUGAAGCCAUGGCCGCUCAAUGCGAUUCCUUGAGCGGAUACCUCCAACAGUCCGACCCGGGCUCCAACAGCGAGCGCAGCACUGACUCCCCUCUCCCCGUCUCAGAGGAUGACACCGGUGGGCCCCCUGUCCCGCCAGACCCGGAGUGGACUGAGGAGAGAUUCCGAGUGGACCGUAAGAAACUGGAGAUCAUGUUAUUAGCUGCCACAGAGGGAAGAGUGAACGGGGGAGAGGACUUCUUCCAGAAGGUAAUGGACGAGACCAAGACUCAGAUCGCCUGGCCCUCCAAACUGAAGAUUGGUGCCAAGUCCAAGAAGGACCCACACAUCAAAGUGAGCGGGAAGCGGGACAACGUGAAGGAGGCCAAGGAGCGGAUCAUGUCUGUUCUGGACACUAAGAGUAACCGUGUGACCCUGAAGAUGGACGUGUCACACACGGAACACUCGCACGUCAUCGGCAAAGGCGGCAACAACAUCAAGAAGGUGAUGGAGGAGACGGGCUGCCACAUCCACUUCCCCGACUCCAACCGCAACAACCAGGCCGAGAAGAGCAACCAGGUGUCCAUAGCUGGCCAGCCAGGAGGUGUGGAGGCUGCACGGGCCAGAAUCAGGGAGCUGCUCCCAUUGGUCCUGAUGUUUGAGCUGCCCGUGAUGGUGCAGAUGAACCCUGACCCCAGCUCACCGGCCAUCCAGCACAUCGCCCAGACCUACAGCAUCUCGGUCAGCUUCAAGCAGCGCUCGCGCCUCUACGGGACCACGGGGGUGGUCAGAGGGUCACAGAACAACGCCGCCGCGGUGAAGCGUGGCACGGCGGUGCUGCUGGAGCACCUGGCGGGCAGCCUGGCGGGCGCCAUCACGGUCAGCACGCAGCUGGACAUCGCCCCCCAGCACCACCUGUUCAUGAUGGGCCGCAACGGCGCCAACCUCAAGCACGUGGUGCAGCGCAGCGGCGCCCAGGUGCACUUCCCCGACCCGGGCAGCCUGCAGAAGAAGUCCACCGUCUACGUGCAGGGCACCAUCGACACCGUGUGCCUGGCACGCCAGUACCUCAUGGGUUGUCUGCCACUAGUGUUGAUGUUUGACAUUAAGGAGGACAUCGAUGUGGACCCUCAGUUCAUCACCUCUCUCAUGGAGCAGUUGGACGUGUUCAUCAGUGUUAAGCCCAAACCCAAACAGCCCAGCAAGUCGGUGAUUGUGAAGAGCGUGGAGCGCAACGCUCUCAACAUGUACGAGGCGCGCCGCUUCCUGCUGGGCCUGGACACCAGCGGAGUGGCCCCCUCCUGCUCCACCUCCCCCUCCCCCUCCAUCAGCAGCUGCUGCACCCCCUCCAGCAGCCCCUCGGCUCCCCCCACCCUCAGCUGCACCACCGUGGGCCUGGACAUCCUGGCCUCGGCCGGACUGGGCCUCACCAGCCUGGGUCUGCUGGGCCCCUCAGCUGCCUCCAUGGCGAGCUCGGCCACCAACUCCCUCCUGAACGCCCUCAACAGCUCCAUCAGUCCCCUGCACACUCCCAACUCCUCCGCCCCCAGCCCCACACUCUGGUCCAGCUCGCUAACCAGCCCCUCCAAUAACACAGGUUUCUCGUCCCCUCUGCUCAUCCACCCGGCCACUCAGGCCACCCUCACCAACAUCCUGCUGUCGGGGGUGCAGGGCUUCACCCACAGCAACCCCUCGCCUCCGCCCGGCCUCGCGCCCAGGGAGCCACCGGGCAGCGACGGCUCCGACUGCAGCAAGGCCAUGGCACCACUCAACGGACAUGUGAAGCAUCCCAGCUCUGUGUACAGCAGAAUGUCGGCAGCGGCGCUGGCUGAGAAGGUUCUGAGUGCCAGUCAUAACGAUUGCCAGUCUGUGCCCGAGUCCAGCGCCCACUGCCCUUCGGAGGCCCUUCAGAACAAGCCCAACUCUGACCAAGGUUCCAAUGAUGCGUUUGUGGAGGUGGGGAUGCCGCGGAGCCCCUCCCACUCGGGGAGCAGCAGUGAGCUGAAGCAGAUGCUCGCGUCCUGCCAGAGCUCAGGGAAGAGGCAGGCCCUGGAGCUGCUGCAGGGCACCAAGAACUCACACUUACACUCUGAUUGUCUCCUGUCCGAUUCGGACUCCAGCGCAUCUGAAGGCCCCGUGGCGGACAAGCGGGCACCGGGCAGUGAGCGGGCCGCAGAGAGGGCGGCACAGCAGCACAACUCAGAGCGCAUUCGCCUGGCGCCCCAGACCAGCUUCGCCAACAUGCAGGUAUCUUGGGCAGCUCUAGAAGAGGCAUUCGACUAUGAGCAGAAAAAGUUACUUGCAACCAAAGCCAUGUUGAAAAAGCCAGUGGUGACUGAGGUCCGAACCCCCACCAACACCUGGAGCGGCCUCGGCUUCUCCAAGUCCAUGCCAGCCGAGACCAUCAAGGAGCUCCGCAGAGCCAACCACGUGUCCUACAAGCCCACCAUGUGCACCACCUAUGAGGGAUCGCCCCUGUCGCUGUCCCGCUCCAACAGCCGCGAGGGCGUGGGAAACGGCAGCGACUCGGACAACUGGCGCGAGCGGAACGGGAGCGGCGGAGGCGUUGGCGGAGGUGGGGGUGGGCUCCCGACGCACAGCGAGUUCUCGUCCGCCAUCAGUCCAAAGAGGAAGCAGAACAAAACAGCGGAGCACUACCUGAGCAGCAGCAACUACAUGGACUGCAUCUCCUCGGUGACGGGCAGCAACGGCUGCAGCCUCAACUCCUCCUUCAAAGGCUCGGACCUGCCGGAGCUCUUCAGCACGCUGGGCCUGGGCAAAUACACCGACGUCUUCCAGCAGCAGGAGAUUGAUCUGCAGACGUUUCUCACUCUGACUGACCACGACCUGAAGGAGCUGGGCAUCACUACAUUUGGAGCCAGGAGAAAAAUGCUGCUCGCCAUCUCAGAGUUGAACAAGAACCGGAGGAAGCUCUUUGAGCCGCCCAACAUUCGCUCGUCCUUCCUGGAGGGAGGGGCCAGUGGCCGCCUGCCGCGCCAGUUCCCCUCGGACAUUGCCAGCGUUAGCGGCCGGUGGUAGGGGUCAAGGGUCGUGAGUGAAGCUGAAGAUGACUGGAGGGGAGGGGCUUCACUCUGGCGUCCAAUCGUCUCCACCAUCCAGCAUCUCCUCCAACGUCUGAAGCCAUCCCAUCUCUCUGCUCCCCACUCUUAAAGCCAUGUUCUCCAUGCCACCUGCAUUCCACCACAUUGACACACACACACACACACACACACACACACACACACACACACACACACACACACACACACACACACCAAGAUCAGCCAGACACAAGUGCGAACUUGGCAAAAAGAAUGUCAGUCACACAGAUAACGGACACUGACAGUAUGCCGUCCAUUGGUCCAUCCUGUCGUCGUACACAUCGGUACGCUGACCACAGCACCACCACCACUACUACGGUACAAACCAGAAGGGAAGGAACUGCAUACAGUGUAGCAAACCACGACCUACUUCGAGAAGCAACAGUUGGCCAAGCACUCUCGACCGCAAACUCUCUCUCUCUGUCUUUCUUUCUUCUGAUCAUGCUACCUUGUUUCAGCCCUUUCUGUCAUUCCUGAUUCUUGGCACUUUACUUGGCCCUAUGGACACGCUCUAGUGCCAACCCAGGGCUCUCUUCCAAGCACUUAUCUGGAUACCAAAUGGAAUUGUGCACGUCGAGUGUGCACACUGUGGACAGCCAAUGUGCCUUUUUUUUGUACCCCCAAAAUGAACACAAACCUCCGUGGAGUGCAAAAAGAAUCUGGUCUUCCUCAAUCAUCUACAGCAUGUGCCUCCUCUUCCUCGCCUUAGUAGAGCUCUCUCUGCUUAUAUCUGCUAGAGGUAUUUGACUGUGGUGAUGAUGAGUUCAGAGGGGUCUCGGAUGCCCCUGGAUGUCUGUCAUCCUUAUGGUCUUGUUUCUACGUAGUUUUCAGAGACCCGUAUUCUGCCAGGCAUGCUACGUGCACCAGAUAUUAACAGUUCAAAUAUUAAUUAACUCAAUUUUAUUCAAAUUCACGAUGUUAAAAUAAUGAUUUAAUCAACAUUCAAAAAAUUAAUUCACAGUUCACAGGGAGUCGCCAACCUGAAUUGUUACAGUAGCCUUCAGAGGCGUUGCCCCGCCUAUGUAGGCCUGCGCCUUGAGACUCCAUCGUUUUCUGUUGGAUAGAACCGAGCGUAGAACCUACCCCACCUUUGGUAUGUGGGUGUGACCUGUAUCUCCACCCUGUUCUUUCAACUACCUCUCUCUUUUUUUUCUUCCUCGCUCCUUUUCUUCUUUGCAGUCUGCCUCAGUUCUUUUUUGAGGAAGUGCACCAAACUUUCCAGUCAACGUUCCAGUCAAGUCUGAAAGUAUAUAGACCUCGAAGCUGUGAAUGUCGCCAGAUGUGUCUUAUUUGAAGUGAAAAAAAAAACUAAAUACCAAAAAGUGGCUUUUUUUUUUUCUUUUUCUCUCGCACUGUCAUCUUUUCCAAAGUAAAUAGUGACGAUCGUCUUAGUGACUCUGGAGAACAGCACUUCACCCAGAUGUUAACCACUCCUAGUGAUCUCACCUCAUUGUAUUGCAUUGUUUUCCAUGUAUAGUGUAAUCAUGCCUUUAUGUUAAACAAAAUGUUAAUGCCAAUCUUGUGUGAACCUGUGUGUGACAGAGAUUAAUUUGCAAUCAUUUAUAUGCAUUCUGUGCAUAUUGUAGUUUAUCAUCUUUUUUAUUAAUAUUUUUUUUGUAUCUGAUGUGCCAAAAAUGUUAGACUGUGGCAAACCGUACCAUUUUGUACAGAAUAUUUUUCUUUGACUUUAUGUGUCUUUAUUUUGGCAGUGAGUAUGCGGGACUGACAUUGAAGCAUAGCUGAUGUUUCUUGUCGUGAACAGAAGGCCAACUUCUAUUAAGUGAAUAUUUGAAACUCUGACUGUGCAAAGGAGUUUCCUUUGCCCUUUGUAGCCUAUUUUUUUGUUUUGCCUUAUGUGGAACUGCAGCACGAGCACAAGUAAGGGAUUCUUAGUUUAGUUUUAUUCGAAGACCUCCCUCCCUACCACCCCUGUCUCUUUAUUUUUUAUUUUUUAUGUCCUUGUUUUUAUUCAGUUAAUUUUUCAGCCAGCGUCUGUCAAUAGAUGUUCCUGGGAAAGCCAUUUGCUCUGUUUCAGUUCAUUUUAUGAUGCACCAGACAGAGCUCUCUGAGUCUUCAUGGUUUUGUGAACGACCAGCUGUAAUUCAUUUGUAGAAUUGUACUUUGUGUCUCUCCUGUAAAUGGAGAAAUUAAAGAAAAACAGGGGGGGUGUAUGGGAAGAGAAUGGUCUCAGUGUCUUUGACAUGGCCUUCAGACCAAGGCUCGCAGUAUUCUAAGGCGCUCGGUUAGUUCACAUGGAACUUCUCUCCUGGAAACUGGAUCACAUUUUUGGAUUAAAAUUCUGAGUUAGGGGGAAACUAACUGGUAAGGAUUGGAUCGGCUGUGGUUCUCUGCCAUUCAAAGAAGGGACAUUUCAGUCAGUAGCAGUGUUGUGCUGGCCAGUGCCUAGGGAACUAUGUUUUAUCUGAGUUCCAAACAGAUAACUAUGUAUUUCAGUGUAGACUCCAUUGCAGUGUUCUUUGAAGUUAAGACCUAAUUUGGGGUUAUUGUGGUACUUGGAUGAAGUGAUUGAAUGUUCUGUAUUAGGAAGAAAUGUUACAAAGUAAAGCUACAAAGUAAUAAAUUGUAU